AUGGGUAAUAAUUUAUCAUUAAGACCAAACAAAGACAGAAAUGAUAUGUUGAUCAAUAAAAUAUCUUCAUGUGGCCUUACCGAAUUCUGGGACCAAAAAAGACAAGAUUUUAAUGAUAUUUACUUUACUGAAAAUAAUUUUCCACCAGCUAAUGCGUCGGACUUUCGUGUGUCAACCAUAUUAGAUGAAGGGUCUUUCGGCUCUGUUGCAUUAGCAAUUCACAAUGGAACUGGUACUGUUUACGCUACAAAAGUAAUUGCCAAAAAGAAAAUAGUCAAAAGUCAUAAUGUGCAGAGAAUGCUUAAUGAGAAACGAAUUUUGGAGUCCAUCAAUUUUCCGUUUGUCAUUCGUCUCGAGUAUUUCUACCAAGACCACAGUUUCAUUUACUUUGUCAUGCCAUUCGUAUGCGGCGGUAACAUGCACACAUACAUGAAACGUCACGGAUCGAUGGACGAGAGCAAAGCACGAUUUUAUUUUUCAGAAGUUCUUCUGGCCGUUGAAUAUCUGCACAAGUUAAACUUGGUGCAUCGUGAUAUCAAACCAGAAAAUGUACUAAUCGACGUUAACGGGCAUGCUCAACUCGCAGACUUUGGGUUUUGUAAACACGUUAAGGGUCGUACGUUCACGUUUUGUGGUACUGCCGAAUAUUUGGCACCAGAAAUCAUACUCAGACGAGGAUACGGAAAAGCGGUCGACUAUUGGUCGCUCGGGGUUCUGCUGUACGAGAUGUUGGCUAGCCGUUCGCCGUUCAUAGAUCGUAACACUGGGAAACUGUUUAGUAACAUUGUGACCGGCACGUACAGUUGCCCGUCGGGCUUCUCGGGAGACGUGAUCAACCUGUUGCGGAACAUCCUCAAGGUGGACGUGACUAGGCGGUACGGUAACCUGGCGAACGGCAUCCGGGACAUCAAGAAGCACAGGUGGUUCGGUGACAUGGACUGGUGUGCGGCGUUCGACAGGAGUGUGACGCCACCUUACGUGCCGGUAAUCAGCGACACCGUCGACACCAGCAACUUUGAAGCGAAACACGGCAGACUGUUUUACGACGCCAGCAUGGACAUGUUCGGCGAUAUUUUCAAGGACUUUUGACAUGGCGGUACCCACUGGCUGAAAUUGCGUUGAGAAAACUUCACUAUUUUCACGAUUCGCGGACAGAGUAGCCAGAAAUC